CUCUACCCUGUAAACAAAGUGAUUUCUUUAUAUCCUGUUGAAUCCAGCCUCUCCUCGUCUUCUCUGGGUUGGACUAGAGGACACUCUGUCCUGUUAUCUCUUUUCUGCUGGAUACCAGGUCCCUUGGUUCCUUUGGAAGUAUGGCACUCUUUAGAAACAGGCCAGAUCUGGUGCAGGUGUGAAGGAUGGCUGUCUUUUCCUGGUUCCUACUCCUCCUCAUCAUCGUAGAGCCAAGUUUGAGUGAGGGGACUGAGCAGACCUGCUGCUCCCUGGUCUCUUGUGGUACCCCUGGGGCAAAUGGGGCUCCUGGAAAAGAUGGAAGAGAUGGGCUCAAAGGAGAAAAGGGAGAACCAGGCAAAGGGCUCAGAGGUAUCCAGGGCCCUCCGGGGAAAAUGGGGCCUCCAGGGCCACCAGGGCUACAGGGACUUCCAGGAUAUGGAGGCUUGAAAGGAGAUACAGGAGACAGCUCAGUUUCUUUGAAUAAGAUGUCAACCUUGGAAAGAAAAAUCCAGCAGCUUGAAACACAACUCAAAAGUAUCAAUGAGGCUUUUCUCAGACAGGUCACAGCCUCAAAUAAACAAAUCCAGACCCUUCAAGCUCAAGUGGACAAGAACAAAAAUCUUCUGACCUUCUCCUUGGGCAAACAAACUGGGAAAAAACUGUUUGUAACCAAUGGAGAAAAAACCACUUUCGACAGAGUGAAAGUUCUUUGUGAGCAAUUUGAGGCCACCAUUGCAACCCCAAAGAAUGCAGAGGAGAAUAAAGCUAUCCAGGAUUUGGCCGAAGGCACCCCUCCUUUCCUGGGCAUCACAGACAAAGUGCAAGAAGGACGGUUUGCAUACCUGACAGGAGGAAGACUGACCUACACCAACUGGAAAAAGGAUGAACCCAAUGAUCAUGGAUCUGGGGAAGACUGUGUAUCAUUGACCAGUGAUGGAUCAUGGAAUGAUAGAUCGUGUGAGGCUUCCUUGCUUGCUGUCUGUGAAUUACCUGUCUGAAGGGGUCCCUUAUUGUGGAUUGAAUGUUGAGAUCCUUCAUCUGUGACUCCAUAUUAAUAACACCAGAAACAAAUGCUGGAACUUUGUAAGCUUGAAGUUCAGUUGCCAUUUUCUGUAUUUAAACACAUAAUUAAAAUACCUAGCUCACUCUUA